AUGAAUCGAAGCUCGAGCUCUGGCGUUGGCUCCAACGCAACCGGUGGUGGAAUGACAAGUGAAUGGUAUGAUGUUGAGAAGCCUUACGGUUGUCAGAAAACCGCAUUGUUGGAAGCCAGAGACUUAAUCCGCGAGCAAGCAGAAGAGUUGAAGAAUCUGAGGACUAUGGUCAGGCAUGAAGGUCACACAGUGAAUCCAGAGGUGAGGGCUAUCAACUCAGAGGUGUUACUUCAAAUGGAAACAAUGGAAGCUGAGAACAAGAAGCUCAAGCAAGAGCUUGCAUCGAGCUGUGAAAGGGAGAAGAUGGGUAGACAGUUUGUGUUAAUUUCUUGGUUGGGUUUUGUUUGUGUCACUGCUGUCAUUGUCAAUGCUUUGAAGUAG